UUUCAACAUGCGCAACAUUCAGACCUUUUGCAUUGCAAUUACCAUUUGUCUGAUGGCAAAUGUGAAAGCCAAGCCCACAGAAACACGGCGAUACAAGCACUUGGGGUAUAGCAGUACUGCAGCACCAAACAUUGGAAAUGUCAAUUACAAUGGCAGCAGCAUUCAAACCAGCAAUCAAUUGCCCAUAAGCCCAACAAUUAAGGCUAAGAAUUCGUAUACUUCAACACCAUCAACACCACACUUUGAAUAUGUGCUACUGGGGCAGGAUCCCAAGGAUCAGGAGUGGUAUCGUUUGAGCUUAGUCCCAAAAGUUGGCAAAUCAAGCCUGAAGGCACAAAUAUCCACCCGCAUAGCACCUCCCUAUGAUAAACAACAGACUCUUAAACAUGAUAAAACUAUUAAGCAGUUAGUGGAGUGGCUGGAAAGCACUGAGGAACGAAACUUAAUAAAAGUGUACAAGGAUAUGUUAGAGAAUGACGAAGAGCUGAAGAGAAAGAACGAUGAAGACAUCGUAAUACCGGCGGAUAGUGCUGAGUACGAAACACGAAGUCAGUUAGAUAGAGAAAAUAAUGGACAGCUGCUACUGGUGGACGGCGGAUGUAAACAAGGACCCACAAACUCAACUGAGGAUGAGCCCAAGGUGGUAAAUAAUUUUGUCUACUUUAUAAAAGGUCUUAAGUGAGUAAAGCGGAUUGGAAUACACAAAACAUUUAUUAAUAGCUGCAAUUUCAAACUUGGACAAA